AGGAGCUACUCCUCACAUAGGCCCACAACAGUAUUGUUGGAUGUUGGUAGUAGAGGUUUUAUCAGUUAGAUUAUCACCGCUUAACAUCAAAUACGUUGGUUCUCUUGUUUCUGGCGUUACUAUAAAUGGCCUGGUUGAUAAACCGGCUCUUUUCUCUUUCUUAGAACAUUUAUGGAGCCUCGUGGAGAGUGUUUCGUUAUAGCUCGACGACACCAGAACCCCUGAAUCACAAUGGAGGAUUUUGACUGUGUAGUAAUUGGUGCCGGAUUAUAUGGGUUAGCUGCUGCACGACAGUUCCAUUAUACGCAUCCUGGAAGUUCUAUGGUCAUAUUGGAUGCUCAAUCAUCGCUGGGCGGGACUUGGGCAGAGGAACGACUAUAUCCCGGCUUAAAGAGCAAUAAUCUCUUGGGAACUUAUGAGUAUCCCGACUUUCCCAUGAUCAGCGACAGGUACGACGUGAAACCUGGCGAGCACAUCAAGGGAACUACUCUCCACUCUUACCUAGAGGCAUAUGCGGAACAUAAUGGUAUAGCGGAACUAAUCCGUCUUAAUCACAAGGUGCUAGCUGCGGAGCACCAAGAUGAUGGAGGUUGGAUCCUUACUAUUUUGACAUCUGGUCGGUUGGAGACGAAGGCGUCUACCCGUCGACUGAUCGUGGCGACGGGACUUACUUCUAAUGCCUUUCUCCCGCAUUUUGACGGACAAGGCAAAUUCGGAGGAAGGAUUUUCCAUGGUAAGUAUUUCCAACAGAAUCGCGACACUUUGAAGACUGCCAAGGCUGUGACCGUAUUUGGCGCCACGAAAUUUGCUUGGGAUGCUGUGUACGCAUAUGCUACCUCUGGUGUGAAGGUGAAUUGGGUCAUUCGAUCUAGUGGCCACGGCCCAUGUUGGAUUUCCAGCCCUUAUGCAACGCCUUUUAAAAUAUGGAUGGAACAACUCGCCAAUACACGCCUCAUUACCUGGUUCAGCCCAUGCAUCUGGGGUGAGGCUGAUGGCUACAGCUGGAUAAGGGGCUUACUUCACAGCACGGUUAUCGGGCGGUUCCUGGUGAAUUCAUUCUGGAAAGCUCUGACGAGUGGUGUUAUGGCGCAAAACAACUACGACGCACACCCAGAUACGGCAAAGCUAAAACCGUGGACCGAGGCCUUGUUUACAGGUGAUAGCCUUAGUGUCCUAAACUACGAUACGGAUAUCUUCUCGUUGGUCAGGAGUGACCUGGUGGACAUCCACAUUGGAGAAAUCGAUCACCUCAGCGCCGCCACGGUACAUCUCGCAGACGGUACUUCCUUCGCAUCAGACGUGCUUUUGGCCAACACGGGCUGGAAACACGUACCGGCCAUCAAGUUCUUGCCUGAGGGCAUUGCGGACGAGCUAGGUAUCCCGCAUCAGCCAACAGACUCAGCACCCGUGCAAGACCUCGCGAACCAGCAGGGUCUGAUCGACGCAGCAGAUAGAGAAAUUCUGCGACGAUUCCCCCGCCUCAAGGACCAGCCAGUGUGGAACGCAAACUACAAGCCCAUGACGGAGCAGAAAGGCAUUAACAGCGGCGCUGAUGAAAUAACUCCAUAUACAUCGCUGACGCCGUACAUGCUAUACCGCUUCCUGGUACCCGCGUCGCCUCGGUUUCUACGCACACGCGACAUCGCAUUCGCGGGAAUGCUGUCGAAUCUCAGCAACGCCACUACAGCGCACAUUUCCGGGCUGUGGAUCAGCGCCUUUUUCGCCGGAAAGCUGGCUAUGGACGUAUCCAGCACUUCGACCUCGCCAGACGAGAACGCGCUGGAGAGAUUACGAUACGAAACCGUUCUGCAUAACCGCUGGGGUAAGUGGCGAUAUCCGACGGACUGGGGCACCAAAAGGCCGAGCUUCACGUUCGACGCUGUGCCGUAUUUCGAUCUUCUGCAGAGGGACCUGGGGCUCAGUCCUCAUCGCAAAGGCGGCUGGUUCGCUGAGUUUACGCAGCCGUAUAUGCCUAAAGAUUAUCGAGAUAUCACUGAUGAGUGGAUGCGAAAGCAGAAAGACUGGAUCUGAGGUUUAGUAUCUUGGAGCUGGUAGGCGGAGUGACGACGGCGUUGAGUUGGACAUCACGUCCUUGCUCACUUUUCUGCUUUCCCUAUGGUCGCGAUGCGGCUCUCUAUGCUGUCACGAAUCAAGUGUGUUUUGACAGCCACUGUAUAUGAUGGUUUAUUUGUGUUAAUUGAAAUAUCAAAACCCAACUGAAGUUCAUUUUAGAUCAGUUACUCGAUUAAUAGAAGUCUGUACGCCAGUGCUUCACUGCAAAAAGGAAGGGGCGGGUAAGCUG